UUAGGUUUCUUCUUUGGAUCUCCAGGCUAAGAUAGUUUCAAGUUGAAAAGCGUCCUCCGAACCGUUAACACGGCAGCGCCGAGUCGUAUCCCACAUCAUUCAAGCCUUGAAGGAUACUAAUAUCGAACUUAGGGCGAUUUUCCAUGAAUACCGAAUUCUCGCGUCGAUGGUCGAUGGUCGACGAUCUUUUGACACCUAACUCACCUAAACGCGGUCUAGCGGAAUAAAUCUCGAGCUCGAGCUCUAAAACAAGCCUCUUCGUGAUCUAGUAAAUCCAAGAAACGUAUUUCUUGAACUCGAAACUAUAGUAUCGCUGCGGAAUGCCGUCCAAACAGCCGGCCACUUUUCAACCUGCAAGAAUUCCAGCGCCAGCGGCGCCGUCAGCACAACCAGCGCCGUCAGCAGUAGUGCGUCAGCUCAACCGGCGCCGUCGUCAUCACCAGCGACGCCGGCUCCUUCGCCAGGAGCUCCAGACGGCCUCCGUCAACUUGAAACCCCGCCACGGGUCAGUGACUCAGUCGGCGACAAACGCUUGGACGGUUAAACCUUUUGAAAGCCUCUGAAAGCUUCUGAAAGCUUCUGAAAGCUUCUGAAAGCUUCUGAAAGCCUCUGAACGCCUCUGAACGCCUCUCAAAGCCUCUGAAAGCCUUUGACGGUUGCUGUCAAGGCUUGGACGGUUGCUCUCCUUGCCAGAGAGGGGAAGUUAGCUCUGGGUGUUGGUGGAGUGCGUCAAGUGGGGAGUACUGGCUCUGGUGAUAUAACUUCAAGUUGCAAGUUACGAGCUCGCCUGUUGACAACAACUCGAGCAUGGACCUCGAUUUGAACUCCGGGUUGAACUCCGAGAACGCGCCCUCGGACGGCCGGGAAGAGAGGCUGCAUCAUCUCCCGCUUCCUGAUGCAGGCGACAGGCGAAGGGACGAAAAUGUUACCACUACGGACGACUCGUCUUGCGACCAACAGCAGAGAGGCCUCGGACUGGGCGAAAGCAGCUACAGCAGUACCCAGCAGGGGCGGCAUCUAUCAAGAGCCUUCUUGUCGGAUGAUGCCGCCCCUGCUGGAUUGCCGCAUUCUCAAGCUGUACUACUAGGCUCGGUUUCUGAUGGUGGUUUCCUUUCGCUGAAUUUCGCCUGCGGCGAGAAGGGGGGGCAGCAGCAGCAGCAGCAGUUGUGGCAGCGGCAGCGGCAGCAGCAGCAGCAGCACCAUCAACAGCAGCAGCAGCAGGAGCAGGCCGCGUCACCGGGUGCUCUUUUUCAGAUGCUCACAUUUGGUGCCAAGCAGCCGCCUCCGCCACCCGAGGCAGCGGUGGUGGCGGCCGCCGCCGUGGCCGCUGCCGCUGCUGCCCCUGCCUCUGCCACUGCUGCCCAGCGGAACCACGUUGCUGCCGCCCCCGCUGCCGCUGCCGCUGCCGCUGCUGCCAGCAUCGCGCCGGCGCCGCGCUUCUCCCUAAACCCCUUCCUGGACGCAGCUGCCUCCUCCGCUGCUGCUGCUGCUGCCACCGCUGCCACCGCUACUACCGCUAUUACCACUACGACCGCUACCAUCGCCGCUAUUACCGCUACUACUGCUUCCAGUCCCGCCUUUCCGCCGGGGCCGCGCUUCGCCCUAAAACCCACCCUGAACGUAUCCGCCUCCUCCGCGGCCACAGCCGCUGCUGUUGCUGCUGCUGCUGCUGCUGCCACCGCUGCCACCGCUGCCACCGCUGCCACCGCUACUAUUACUACUACUGCGCCCAGUCCUGCCUUUCCGCCGGGCCCGCGCUUCUCCCUAAACCCCACCCUCAACGCAGCCGCCUCCUCCGCCGCCGCAGCCGCUGCUGCCGCCUUAGAACGGGACCAGCAGCAGCAGCAGAAGGGAAGCUCGCUUUUGCUUGUAACGGAUCCGCCUGCACCGGAGCGGACGGGUUGGCUCUCCUCCUCCUCCUCCCUCUCGACCAUUCACACUGUGAUGACGUCAUCGGCUUCUCUCCUCCCUUCCCCUGUUGUCCUUCCUUCCCCUGUCCUAACUUCCCCCGACCUCCCUUCCCCUGGGGCUAUCCGUUUUCCCAGGGGAAUGAGAACAGCUCCUAGAACCUUCACAGGCCCAACGCCCCCCGCUCCUCAUCCUCCUCCUGCUCCUCUUCCUCCUCCCCCUAAUCCUCUUCGUCCUCCUCCUCCUCCUCCUUUUCCUCCUCCUUCUCAUAUCGAAUCCGCUCUCCUUGACUCGCCUAUCAUGGCCGCGUCAUCACCCCUCCUUGCCACGUCAGCGUCCGGCUCCAGGUGGCAGACGGCAGAGGAGGCAGCAGCAGGAGCGCUUGCUCCGAGCAUCGGGCGGCAUCGUUUGGAAACGCUAUCACUGCUGCCGCCCAGAUCUCUGCGUGAUCCUGCUGCCCAUGGUGCUGCUGCUGCUGCUGCUUCUGCUGUUCAUCCCCCGUUACAAGCAGCUUCGCUACAGUCACAAUUUCGAGCAGUACCGUUAGAGUCACAUUCUGUAGAGGAUGCAGUACCCAUAACCGCUCCUUCAUCUCGUCUGCUCGAUCUGUUUGAAUUCCGGUCAGGAGAUGAUAAAGAACGGGCAGGAGAAGCAAAAGUCAGGGACGAAAAGACAAGGCCAGGGAAGGGAAGGACAAGACCAGGGGAAGAAAGGUCAAGGUCAGGGGAAAAAAGAAGGGAAAGGGAAGGAAGGAUAUGGGAGAGGGAAGAAAGGCCAAGGCCAAGGGAAGGAAGCAGAAUUCCCAGGGAAGAGGAAGAGAGAAGGGAUGAGAGCUGGUGGAAAACUGGAGGGAGGAUGGGGGAGGGGAGAGCAGUCGAGAGGACAGGGAUGGGGACAGGCAUGGGAAAAGGGAUGACAGGAAUGACAGGGAUGGGUACAGGCAUGGGGACAGGCUUGGGCUUGGGGACAGGCUUGGGGACAGGCAUGGGGAUAGGCAUGGAAACGGAGAUGGCCGGAAUGGGAAGCCGAGGCGUUGGAAUGAGAGGGUUGCAAGAGAGUGCAGUGAGAGAGAGUGAUGCUGAGGGAAUGACAGGAAUGGGGAGCAGAGGCGUGGGGAUGCUAGGCCUGUACGAGAGCUCCGCACGAAGGGAGGGUGAUGCCGUGGGAAUGGCAGGAAUGGGAAACAGAGUCGUGGGUAUGAGAGGCUUGCACGAGAGCGCAACGAGGGGGGCUGCCGCUGCUGCCGCUGCUGCAGCUAGUACAGCUUCCUUCUUGCAGUCACAGCAGUUGGUAGAGGGGAGGGCGGCCGACGCUGAUGCUGCAGCAGCGGGUACUAGGGCUUCUUUCUUGCAGCGACAGCUGUUGGUAGAGGGGAGGGAGGCUGGCGCUGAUGCGGACGCUGCUGCUGCAGCUGCUGCAGCUAGUACAGCUUCCUUCUUGCAGUCACAGCUGUUGCUGCUGCAGCAACUGAUGCUCCAGCAAGAGCAGCAGCAGCUGUCACAGCUGCAGAAACAGCAACAGCCCCUGCAGCAGCAGCAGCAGCAGCAGCAGCAGCAGCAGCAGCCACAGCAGCGGGAGCAAUCAUCCCAAAAAUCGGUACAUCAUGCCUCGUUUUUGGCCUUGGUGGAGGGGGAGCAUCAGAGGCGGCAAGAGACGCAGACGCAAGCCAGUCAGCAGGAGGCUGAAGAGCAAGCCUUGCUGCAGCAAGAGCAACUCGGGAGUCAGCAGUGGCAGGAGCUGCAGCGACUGAGGCGGCAAGAGAUGCAGCAGCAAGAGCGUCUAUGGGAGCAGCAGCAGCAGCAGCAGCAGCAGCAGCAGCAGCAGCAGCAGCAGCAGCAGCAGCAGCAGCAGCAGCAGUGGCAUCCGCAAGAGCAGCGGCAGAGUCUUUGGCAGCAGCAGCAGAAGCAGGAGUUUCAGCAGCGGCAGCUGCAGCAGCUGCUGUUGCUGCAGCAGCGACUUGGGCAGCAAGCGAAACGGGGCCAUGAGGAGCAAGAAGACCCACCGCAACAGACACAACAGCAGGCAGCCAAACAGCAGGAAAAGUUACAGGCACAGUUACAGGCACAACUGCAGGCGCAACUGCAGGCACAACUGCAGGGACAGCUACAGGCGCAGCUACAGGCGCAGAUACAGGCACAGCUGCAGGUUCAGGCGACAGAGCAGCAGCAUGGGAAUCCCAAUGUCUUGAGUGACCACGUGCAAGCCCUCUUGUCCUCAUGGCGUGCAGCAGCCGCUGCCACAGCAGCCGCAGCAGCAGUAGGAGGAGGAGGAGGUGCAGGAGGAGCAGCAGGAGCAGUGGGAGCAGCAGGAGCACCAGGGGCCAGUUUUUCGCCAGAGAAGACUACUGUUACGGCUGCUGCUGCCGCUGCCGCUGCGGCAGCAGCUGCAAUGGCUGGUGCUGCUGCUGGUGCUGAUGCUGGUGGUGCCUCUGCUGCUGGUGCUGGUGCUGGUGGUGCUGGUACUGCAGCAAGGGGGCUUGCAUCAGGAUUACUUUUCAAUUCGGCUUCGGAACUGAUAUCUUCAGCAGCAAAUGAGCAUGUUCAGUUACGCCAGUCCGUUUCAACUCCCGUGUUAACUCCACCCGUUACAGUUUCAUCUGGGGCUGGUUUCAGUGCCCCGUCAUCAGCUGCCGCCCAGCUACCAUCUCAGCUUCCCCCAGGUCCGCUUCCAAAUAUGCCGGGGCAGAGGCCGGGCGGGUAUUCUUGUCCUAUCUGUGGCAAUACGUUCCCCACGUCACAGGCGCUCGGUGGGCACAUGACGUGCCACGUGGCACGACGCAAGAGGACGUCGCAGAAGGGUGCAGCUGCUGCAGCGGCGGGUAAGGCAGGAGCAGCAGGAAGUCGAGGUGGAGGGGGAGGACGAGGGGGAGGAGGAGGGGGGGAAGGAGGGGGAGGAGGACGAGGAGGAGGAGGAGGUGGAAUCAGGUCAGAUGAAAGAAGGAGAGGGAGCGCUGGUAGUAGUGGUGGUGCUGGGGCUGGUGCUGGUGCUGGUGGUAGUGCGAAUGCAGCUGCUUCUGAAUCUCGCCCUGUUCUCUCCUCCUCUCAAGCCUCUCCAUUCGCCCCAUCCAAGCGCAUGGCAGGCAGCAAGGCAGGCAGUAAGGCAGGCAGUAAGGCAGGCAGUAAGGCUGGCAGUAAGGCAGGCUAUAAGGCGAGCCUGCAGUUCCCUUCCAUUUCAGGCGCCAGCACUGGCAGCGCUGCUGCUGCUAGUGCUGGUGCUAGCGCCGGUGCUGCUGCUUCUGCAGCUAGUGCUGGAGCUAGUAUCGGUAUGUCUAGUGCUGCUGCCACUGCUGGGGGUCGUACUAUAGUUAGGCCGGGCUCGCGACAUGGCGUUUCUGCAGCUGCCGCCGAAGCUGCUGCCGAAGCUGGAGCCGCGCAUGCCGUUUCUCCUCCAGCAGCUGCUGCAAAACCUCCUGCUAUGGCUGCUUUCCCAGUAGUGCACGCAGCCAGCCCAGCCUCAGCCACGGUCCGAGCCUCACACAGGGCCAACUGAGCUUGCAGUACCUCGGGUCGAUUCCGCGUCAUAACGCCCUGCCUUCGUUAAAACCACCUUCAAUAGCAUCACCUCCUGCUACAUUACAUUCACUAACACCCCCUUCAUUUACACCAUCAUCAUUAACAACCCCUUUAAUGACACCUCCAUCACUAACGCCACCUUCAUUAACGCCUCCUUCACUAACAGCACCAUCAUUAACGCCCCCUUCAACAGCCAUAACGGAUACCGAGGUGGUGGCAAGUCUGCCUGUGACAGACCCCGACAAUGCCAACGACUAUGCCAAUGACCACGACCCUGUACACCUGGCCACUGCUCUCCGCACAACAGCCAUGGGCAUCCCGCUACAUCUCAUAACAGCACACGCUGACAGGGUUUCUUCUGAGGAAGCUGCUAAGGCGUACGUGGUUGUAGC